CUUUGCCACCAUCCACAUCACCAAUAGUCAUAACAGACACCAGGUGCCCUGCACAGAAAUAAUUUCUGCUCGCUGUGAAAACUUGCUCUAAUUAAAGUCAUGUCUCAGACUAGAAGCUCUUCUGUGAGGGCCCACAGUAGCCGUUCCCAGGUGUCCAGGGCUUAUUCUACCUCUGGAGCUGCUGCAGGAUAUGGAUAUGGAUAUGGAGGUUAUGGAGGUGGAAUUAGUCAGGCUUAUGGUCACUCUUUGAUGGCCGGCGGUCUGCAUGGCAGUGCUGGGAUAGGUUUAGGGUCAGGGUCUGGGUUUGGCAUUGGGUUAGGAGCAGCGAGUGGAAGGGCCAUCUCAUCUGGUUUAAAAAUAGCCGGAGGUUCCAUUUCAGCUGCUGGAGGUUUGGGUGGAGGUUCUUUCUCGGCUGCUUUUAAGUCAGGUGGAGGAUCUUUCAUGGAUAACAUGGCAAACAUUGUCAGUGAUAAGCAGCAGCUGCAGGUUCUGAACGAUCGCCUUGCCACUUACCUGGAUAAGGUGAAACGUCUGGAGAUCACAAACCGUGAGCUGAAUGAGAAACUCAGAUCAUUCACCCUCAAUAGAGUUCAAACUACCCAUGACUUUGAGCCAUAUCAAAUGCAGAUCAAACCUCUGCGUGAACAGAUUCUGUCUCUUAUUCAAGAAAACACCAAUAUUACUUUAUCCAUUGACAAUGCCAAACUGGCUGCAGAUGACUUCAGACUGAAGUAUGAGACAGAGUUGGGCAUUCGUCAAUCUGUGGAGGCAGACAUAACCAAUCUGAAAGCUCUGAAGAAAGAGUAUGAGACAACAUAUGAUGUGUUACAGCAUGAGCUCGGUGUCUUAACAAGUGAACUCGAAAAUGUCAAAGAUUCAUACCAGCAGGAGAUGAUUGGACUUCGAGGGCAGAUUUCAGGCACAGUGACCGUGGAUGUGCAGGAGGUGGAGAGUACAGAUCUGGCACAAGUUCUGUCUGAGAUCCGUUCCGAGUAUGAGAUGGUCAUUGAGAAGAACCGCAGGGAGGCAGAACAAUGGUACACUAAACAGCUGGAGAAGAAAACCGCAGAGGUUGCGAUUGUCACCGAGACGACGGUCACUGGUGGUACUGAGAUCACAGAGAGCCGCAAACAGAUGUCUGGGUUGCAGACGCAGUACGACUCCAUAUCUGUAGAGAAAACCAACCUAGAGCAGCGUCUGACGCAGGUUCAGGGUCACUAUCAGGCACAGUUGUUUAAAUUGAGUCAGCUGGCUGGACGUCUUGAGGGGGAGCUCAUUUCCAUCCGUGAGAGUUCACUGCAGCAAAGUCGAGACUACCAGCUGCUCCUGAGCACUAAAGUUCAACUGGAAAAAGAGAUCAACACUUAUAGAGCUCUGCUAGAGGGUGCCGGAGGGGUCACGGGCCUUGCGACCAAGUCACAGACUGUGGAUGUCAACAAAACUGUUUCAAUUGUUAGUUCCAGUGUCUCAACUGAAAAAGUGACAACAGACGUUGGAUUACAGGGUGGAAUUAACACCUCAUUCUUGAUUACUGGUGUGCAAUCUGGUGCUUCCACUUUAACUGGGGCUUCUACAGAAGUAGUGACAACAGAAUUUGGAUUACAGGGUGGAAGUAACGCCUCAGUCGUGAUUACCGGUGCGCAAUCCGAAUCCACUUUAACUGGGGUUUCUACAGAAGUUGUGACAACAGAAUUGGCAACACAGAUUGGUGCACAAUUUGGUGUUUCAACUCUAGAAGCAGUGACAACAGAGUUUGGAUUACAGGGUGGAAGUAACGCUUCAGUCGUGAUUAGCGGUGCGCAAUCCGAAGCUUCCACUUUAACUGAGGUUUCUACAGAAGUUGCGACAACAGAAUUUGCAACACAGGGUGAAAGUAACGCCUCAUUCGUGAUUACUGGUGCUCAGUCUGAUGUUUCCACUGCAGAAGUAGUGACGACCGAAAUUGCAACACAGGGUGAAAGUAACACCUCAUUCCUGAUUACUGGUGCUCAGUCUGAUGUUUCCACUGCAGAAGUAGUGACAUCCGAAUUUGGAUUACAGGGUGGAAAUAACGCUUCAGUCGUGAUUAUCGGUGCGCAAUCUGAAGGUUCCACUUUAACUGAGGUUUCUACAGAAGUUGCGACAACAGAAUUUGCAGCACAGGGUGGAAGUAACACCUCAUUCUUGAUUACUGGUGCACAGUCUGAUGUUUCCACUGCAGAAGUAGUGACAUCUGAAUUUGGAUUACAGGGUGGAAGUAACGCUUCAGUCGUGAUUAGUGGUGCACAAUCCGAAGCUUCCACUUUAAAUGGGGUUUCUACAGAAGUUGCGACAACAGAAUUUGCAACACAGGGUGGAAUUAACUCUUCAUUCGUGAUUACUGGUGCACAAUCUAGUGUUUCCACUGCAGAAGUAGUGACAACCGAAUUUGCAACACAGAGUGGAAGUAACAGCUCAUUCUUGAUUACUGGUGCUCAGUCUGGUGGUGCCACUCUCACUGGGGUUUCUACAGGAGGAGUCACAACAGAAUUUGGAACACAGGGUGGAAGUAACGCCUCAUUCUUGAUUACUGGUGCUCAGUCCGGAGGUGCCUCUCUCACUGGGAUUUCUACAGAAGUAGUGACAACAGAAUUUGCAGCACAGGGUGGAAGUAACGCCUCAUUCUUGAUUACUGGUGCUCAGUCUGGAGGUGCCACUGUAACAGGAGUUUCAACAGGAGGAGUCACAACAGAAUUUGCAACACAGGGUGGAAGUAACGCCUCAUUCUUGAUUACUGGUGCUCAGUCCGGAGGUGCCUCUCUCACUGGGAUUUCUACAGAAGUAGUGACAACAGAAUUUGCAGCACAGGGUGGAAGUAACGCCUCAUUCUUGAUUACUGGUGCUCAGUCUGGAGGUGCCACUGUAACAGGAGUUUCAACAGGAGGAGUCACAACAGAAUUUGGAACACAGGGUGGAAGUAACGCCUCAUUCUUGAUUACUGGUGCUCAGUCAGGUGCCACUCUCACUGGGAUUUCCUCAGAAGCAGUGACAACACAAUUUGCAACACAGAGUGGAAGUAACAGCUCAUUCUUGAUUACUGGUGCUCAGUCUGGUGGUGCCACUCUUACUGGGAUUUCUACAGGAGGAGUCACAACCGGAUUUGGAACACAGGGUGGAAGUAACGCCUCAUUCUUGAUUACUGGUGCUCAGUCUGGUGGUGCCACUCUCACUGGGAUUUCUACAGAAGCAGUGACAACAGAAUUUGCAACACAGAGUGGAAGUAACGCCUCAUUCUUGAUUACUGGUGCUCAGUCUGGUGGUGCCACUCUCACUGGGAUUUCUACAGGAGUGACAACCGGAUUUGGGACACAGGGUGGACUCGUAAUAACUAACGCUCAAUCCGAAGGUGCGGUUUUAACUGAGGUUUCGGCAGGAGGACUGGUAGCAGAAGCUGGUUUUCCUAACUGAAGGCUUUGAUGGAAGAUCUUCCAUGCUUUCUCCAAAAUGGGGGUCUCAGGAGUCUUCAAGGUCUGGGUGAUGUCAUCAUUGAGUUAAACCAAUCAUUUGUCACCCAACACUGUUUUGCUCUUUGUAACUGUGUGUCACACAUAAAUAAAGCCAAACGUACAACUCUUGUACUGCUCUGAAGAA